AAGUCAGCAAUGAGGUGACGGUCAAGAUCAGCUACAAAAUACCUUAGCUAACGUAACUGUAAAUUGCUAAACGAAAAUCAGAGUGACAGCCGAAAUGGAAGGAUCGUCAUCUGCCAGAAAGGGCAAUUUGACGGGAAGUGCCAGAAAACUGAGUGACAAUGCUGCAGAUUGGCACAACCUGACUUUGAAGUGGGAGCGACUGAACGACGAGGGAUCCACAGUUGCGACAAAAAUCGUUAACCUUCGACUCGCCAAAGAGCCCCCGAAAGAGUCAGAUCUCAUGCUAGAGGAUGGAGUUUCUCUGGACAGUGGUGAAAAAUCUCGCGAUAACAGCAGUCAAGAAUUGGAGGAGGAAUGUUACAAAUUACAGGAUAUUGUGAACAAAAUGGAUCACAUUGUGUCAAAGAUGGAGAAGAUGGUGUCAUCUGAGAAUGGCAUAUGUGAAUUGGAGACUUUUCAGUAUGGAGUGAAAGGCAGACCAGCGCCACUUUUUCAGACCUGGUCCACUCCACAGUUUGCUGAGGUGUCCUCCAAGCUUUGUGAUUCGUACAAGCAGGAACUGGCCCUGAAACACACCAUUCUGCAGGAGCUGGCACAUACGGCCAAUGCCGAUCUCUCCAUGGUCUACCUCUCGGCUUGGCUUUAUCAGCCUUACAUAGACGACAAGGGAAAAUUACUAUUGGAGAGUUUGCUAAUGGAAACUGGCCACAGACCACUAUGACGCGGGCAGCAGAACCCUAUGUUCUGAGUUGCUACUCCACAAGGCAACAGGGACCAAGAGUGUUUCCCAUUAAUAAGCACUGCCCAGUUUGCCAGACGACCUUAAGGUUCACCAUGUGAGACUGUUAGUCUUACUACUACAUGUAUUACCAUACAGGAUUAUGGGAAGCUCUGGUCCAUUAGUCAGAAGUAGUUAUUUUUUUGGUAAAUUAUUAAGUAUUGCCUCAUGAAAUAGCCUGAUGGACAGAUUUAGCAUUCUGGGAGCUACUUGUACACUCAAA